AUGGCCAGAGAGGACCAGGACCAGGACCAGGACAGCGAGGGAAAGAAUAGCCAUAUGAACAUUGUCCUGGGUGUUGGACUUGGAAUUGUUGCUUUAAUCAUCAUGUGUUUGAUUUUCACUGUCUACUUCAACCGUCGCGAGCGCGGCCCAUCCAAGAAAAGUCGCAGAAAGGACUCGUCCGACAAGCUGCGUAAGCUCGACGCUGUCUCUCCCAUCCGUACCCUCCAGGAAUGGUGGGCCAGGGCUCACGGACCUCCUCUCCCCUCUGAUUGUCCCGAUAAUCAGUUCAUAUGUGUCGUCUGCCUCGAACCUGUUCUCCGUUCCCAGGAAAUCCGAGAACUAAAAUGCCUCCACGUUUUCCAUCGAGAAUGUCUCGAGAAAUGGUACCUCCAGGACCACUAUAACUGUCCGCUCUGCCAUAGGGCAUAUUAUAACCAGGAAACCCGCCCGACGAACGACUUUGUAUGGAUGGUAUGA